AUGACUAUUCUUCCAGAAACAUACAUCGGAAGCCCUCGGCAUAUGCACGAAUAUGCUCAAGAUGCCAUGUCGUAUGUUCGUCAUCAUGGUACAGCAGAUUUGUUCAUCACAUUUACAUGCAAUCCGCAAUGGAUAGAAAUCAAUCAGGAGUUAUUCUCUGGGCAAUCACCCAUUGAUCGUCAUGAUAUUACAGCCAGAGUCUUUAGACAAAAGUUGAAAUCUUUAAUGGAUUUCAUCGUAAAACAUAAUGUGUUUGGUGAGACACGCUGCUGGAUGUAUUCUGUGGAGUGGCAGAAACGAGGAUUGCCACAUGCACACAUUUUGAUUUGGUUGGUUGAAAAUAUAAGGCCAAAUGAAGUUGAUGCAGUGAUAUCAGCUGAAAUCCCUAAUGUACAAGUAGAUCCUGGAUUGCAUGAGGUAGUUAUCAAAAACAUGAUACAUGGUCCCUGUGGAACUCUUAAUCAAAAUUCACCGUGUAUGAUGUAUGGUAAAUGUUCAAAACGAUAUCCACGGACAUUAAUAUCGGAAACAAUUACUGGUAAUGACGGUUAUCCAUUGUAUCGUCGCAGAUCGACAGCAGACAAUGGAAAAUCAACAAUUGUCAAAUUAAAUCAACAAGAUAUUGAAAUAGAUAAUCGUUGGAUUGUUCCAUAUUCACCCAUUUUAUCAAAGACAUUCAAAGCACACAUCAACUUUGAAUUUUGCCAUCCAGUGAAAUCUAUUAAAUACAUUUGCAAAUAUGUAACCAAAGGGAGUGAUAUGGCUGUGAUUGGAAUUGGUGCAGAGAAUUCAAAUGAUGAAGUUACCCAAUACCAAAUGGGCCGCUAUGUCAGUAGUAAUGAAGCAGUUUGGCGAAUAUUUUCUUUUCCUAUUCAUGAGAGACACCCUUCUGUUGUUCACUUAGCUGUGCAUUUAGAAAAUGGACAAAGAGUGUAUUUUACAGCACAGAACGCAGUACAAAGAGCUGCUCAGCCACCAUCUACUACAUUAACCAGUUUUUUUGAGACAUGCCAAAACGAUGAUUUCGCACAAACAUUGCUAUAUUCUGAAAUGCCAAAAUAUUAUACCUGGAAUCAAUCCUCAAGGAGAUUUAUACGACGGAAACAAGGAAAACCAGUUCCAGGAUAUACAGAUGUAUAUUCCACCGAUGCGAUUGGCCGGAUUUAUUCAGUACAUCCAAGCAAUGAUGAAUGUUUUUACUUACGACUGCUAUUAGUCAAUGUACAUGGCCCAACAUCAUUCCAACAGUUACGAACUGUUGAUGGUGAAUUGUGUGUAUCCUACAGAGAAGCCUGUCAACGUUUGCAAUUGCUUGAAAAUGACGCUCAUUGGGAUCAAACUCUCAAUGAUGCUGUAAUAUCAUCACACGCUCAUCAAAUACGAACAUUGUUUUCUAUAAUAAUAUCUACAUGCUUCCCAUCAAACCCAAUUGAUUUGUGGAUCAAGUACAAAGAUUAUAUGUGUGAUGAUAUUUUGUAUCAAAUACAGAAUAGAAUGGGAAAUCCAAAUAUACAAAUCAGUGAAGAAAUUUACAAUGAAGCAUUGAUUUCAAUUGAGGACAUGUGCUUGAUAAUGUCAAACAAACUAUUAAUUCAAUUAGGCCUGACCGCGCCCAAUCGUCCAAUGCAUGACGCUUUUAACCAAGAGUUGCAUCGAGAAAGACUGUAUGAUCUCAACGCUUUGAAAGAAUUAAUUCAAACAAAUCUUCCACUGUAA